AUGGGCGCUUGCAUGAGCAGCGGCAGCAAUGAGGAUGGCGAUCAGAAGAAGCGCAGUCAGAUGAUUGACCGCACGCUGGAGGAAGACUCGAAGAAGCUACGGCGGGAAUGCAAGAUUCUGCUGCUGGGUUCGGGCGAGAGUGGGAAGAGCACAAUCGUGAAGCAGAUGAAGAUCAUACACCAGAAUGGCUACACAACAGACGAGCUGGCAUUGUACCGACACACCAUCUACAAAAACCUGAUUGACUGCGCCAAAGCCCUGAUAGGCGCCAUGCGACAAUUCGACAUCGAGGUCGAAGACUCCGCGAAGCGCGAAUACUGCGACUUCAUCAUGGAGUAUGUAGUGGACCCCGAUCCGCAACAACCACUCGAUACGAGGGUAGGAGAAGCCAUUGCGGGCAUUUGGCAGGACAAGUGUAUACCGAAAGUCUUUGACCACCAAAACGAGUUCUAUCUGAUGGACUCAGCGCCAUAUUUCUUCGAAGAAGUGACGAGGUUAGCGGCGCCCAACUACAUACCCACCGAAGCCGAUGUACUACGAGCGCGAACGAAGACGACCGGCAUAUAUGAGACACGGUUCCAGAUGGGCCAGCUCAGCAUACACAUGUUCGACGUCGGAGGUCAACGCAGUGAGCGGAAGAAGUGGAUUCACUGCUUCGAGAAUGUCACGUCGAUCAUCUUUUGCGUGGCACUCAGCGAAUACGACCAAGUUCUCCUAGAAGAGAGCAGUCAAAAUCGCAUGAUGGAAUCACUGGUGUUGUUCGAUUCAGUCGUGAACUCAAGAUGGUUCAUGCGAACAUCGAUCAUCCUGUUCCUGAACAAGGUCGACCUGUUCCGGGGCAAGCUCGCCAAGUCGCCGCUGGGUAAUUACUUCCCUGACUACUCGGGCGGCAACGAUGUAAAUCGCGCGGCCAAGUACCUUCUCUGGAGAUUCAACCAGGUGAAUCGAGCACACCUCAAUCUCUAUCCCCACCUCACACAAGCAACGGACACAUCGAACAUCCGGCUUGUAUUUGCCGCGGUGAAGGAGACGAUAUUGCAAAACGCUCUCAAAGACUCGGGCAUUUUAUAA